UUGUUUACAAUUUUCCAUUCACAAACAAACAAUCGAACAUUCAAACAUUAAACAUUCAAAAUUCAAAAUCAUAUUCAAAAUUCAAAAUCCACAAUAACUCGUACUUUUCUCAGCUUUCUCGACUUUCACAAUUCGAUAGAUUCAAUUUCAAUUGAUACGAUUAAAUAAUUCAAAAAUGUCUCGCAGCAAUUUCGAAGACACUUUGUCUUCAAUUUCAAGCUCACAAAAUCUUCCUCAAAGACCAAAGAGUCGUUUUCAAUCCAAUAAUUCUACCACGUCCUCUGGUGGAUACGAACUUAAUUUUAACUCAACAAACACUCAACACCAUACAGUCAGUGACGACUCUCAUAACACUUUGAAUUACUUCGAUCCCGAUAAUUCCGCUGAGCAAUGCACAAUGUCGACCGAGUUGGAGAUUGAAAGAAGGAAACGCAAGCAAGCUCAACGUCCUGAUAUUAAUAUUCGCGAUACCGCUAAAAGAUAUAAUCGAUGGAGCCCAAGAAAAGAGGCUCAGGAUUCUCCAAUCAUGCAACUCUACGACAACGCUUUCGAAGACUUCACCGGAGGAUCUGUUCAAAUUAAUGGAACAAAUAACAGUGCUAAGUUGGCUUCCAAACUCGCAAGAUUGGACCAAGAUAACACACCAUGUCGACUUUCAAAAUCAAAAUUGUCUGAACGAUUGAAUUCAGUCUCGAAAAAUAACUCCAGAUUCAACAUUAAACCCACAACUGAGAAUACGCAGCCUGCAAAUACACCAAGGCGAGUUGUCAAGAAUAUCAUUGAUGACCAUGAGUUUUCCUUGGACCUUUCUCACCCAGUUCAUAACAAGGAGAACAUCCUCCCUAGACAACGACCUUCCAAAAUUCCGGCAGGCUCCAAGCAUGAGAAGUUCGCUCAAGCUGAGUACAAUGAAAGACAAGUACUAGCAGAGCUCGAAACUCUCAUCAAGGACCACCCAGCAAACUUAUCCCACCGAUCUGGCAAUGCUCCGAAAGCAGCCAGCCCCACCUUUACCAUGUCCACCACUGUUAAUGGAUCAUUCGCCAUUCCUGAAGUCCAAAACAUUACCAAGUUGGUCGACAACACAACAACUUCAUUGCCCAAGAAGGUUGAAAUUCUUGAGCAACCCGCCGAACCUAUGGGGAAAGAGGAAGUCGACAUUUAUCGAUCCAUUGACGAACUUCAACAACAAGUGGCUAUGUUGUUGAACGAACGAAAGGAGCGCGAUUUUGUUAUAAACUCUCUCCAGAAGGAACGAAAGGAACGGGAUUCUAUUUUGUCUUCUCUUCAGAGCGAACUGGUUGAGAAAAGAGAGCAACAUGCUGUCAUAUCCACUCUUCAAAACGAAAAAAGAGCACAGGACACGAUUAUAUCCACUCUUCGCACAGAAAACCAUCAUAUGGCUGAAACCAUCCAUCAAUUGGAAAACGAGGUUAAUACACAUCGCCUCGAAAACGAAAAGAUAUCUACUCUUCGCACACAAAAUAAUCACAUGGCCGAGACCAUCCAUCAACUAGAGACCGACAAUCGUACGCAGCGCAUGGAAAACGAACAGAUGAUGAAGACUAUUUCCAACGCUGAGGCUAAAGCGAAAUCUCUUCAAGCAGAAAAGAAGGAAAUAGACAGGACCUUGAGCGAAAUCUCGUCCACCAACGAGGAGCUCAAAAACGACGUUGAGAACAUCACAAAACAACGAGAUAUGGUUCUUAACCGUUACAAGAACCUUGUCGAACGAUUCGAUACUUUACAACGUCCAGCGAAUGCUGAGACAUCACAAGCAAAGGAAGAUAAAAACAUCAAGACAUCACCUAGCCAACAUCAGAAAAAAGAUGAUACUUUGAAUGGUCAGAAAAGACCACUGAAUGAGGAAGUAGAAGUAGAAGAAGAAGACGAUGAUGAAGAUGCAGAUGAAGAUGCUGAUGUUACAAUGAGGCCAACUAUGGAUCCUCAAUUAGCUCUCGAGAAGAUUAUGGAGAAUGUCACCAACCAAAUUGAGCAAUUGUCUGCUCAACAUACAGCCAAAGCGACAGAAUUACGUGCUUUGGAUAAGAGCAAAAAUCUUAGAUUGAGAAGAUCACUCGCGGAAUCCUUGAAGAUGCUUGUCGAUCAGAUCUCUUCACACAGCGAUUUUCUAUAUCGUUUGAAGGAUGUUUCUUAUGCAUUUAAUUGAGGAGAGAGAGGUAGAUAGGAUUAUAUUGAAGUUGAAGGAUUUCUGACACGGGGAUUGUGUAUGACGCUUUUGCUUUUCUUGUUUUUGUACAUGUCCUUUUUGUUUUUUUUGGGUUUUUUUGAAAGGAGUUUGAAGAUAUCAAAUGCACCAGGCAUUGUAUAUGGGGGCUGCCCUCUUUGUUUUUAUACUUGCUUUUCAAUUGGGGUUUAAGGAAACGGAAGAUGGAGUUUUGCUUUUUUACUUGAGGUUUUUUGGUUUUCAAAGGAGUCAGUUUAGGAAAUUCAGUAUCGAUACCACAUCACGAAAGGCUUGGGUUAAAAUGGGACAAAACGGAUUACAAUUAGCAUUAUUAGCAUAAGAUCAAUGAGAAUAAAC